GGCAUUUAUUGACGUUUAGUGGGGAGAAGAGGUUAUAAAAGUAAUUUGUUUAGAAUCGGUUUCAGGAUGUUUUAAAGAAUAUUUUGUAUACAAUAAACUAAUAAUGGAGCACUUUGAAGAUGAAAUUAGCAGUGUAGAUGAUGAAACUACUUCAUUGUUCAAUAAUGAAUCGUCCUUUGAAAAGAAGUCAGACGAAUAUAAUAACCAUGAUUUGGAUGAUGAUAUGGAGGAUACAAGAUCAGAAUUAAAAUUUGACAGAGCAUUGGAAACCGAAGAAGAAACUGAAAAAAGGUUGUUAAUAGAAGAGGCUUUGAACAAUGAAUACACUACCAUAAAGACUUGGAAAAAAUUUGCUCUGACAGAAUAUGGUUUGGUAGCAGAUGACUUGAGAUGCAAGGUAUGGCCAUUACUACUCGAAGUAGAUCCAACUUCUAAUGAAAAAAUACCCUCUCUAGAAGAACUAUCUAGUCAUAGUGAAUAUCAGCAGGUAGUCUUAGACGUUAAUAGGUCUUUAAAAAGAUUUCCACCAGGCAUUCCAUACAAGCAGAGGCUAGCUCUGCAAGACCAACUAACAGUUCUUAUAUUACGUGUCAUUAUAAAAUAUCCACAUCUACGAUAUUACCAGGGUUAUCACGACGUCGCCAUAACAUUUUUAUUAGUGGUAGGGGAAGUAGUAGCUUUUAGAAUCAUGGAAAACCUCAGCACGACUCAUUUGAGAGAUUGCAUGGAGCCUACCAUGGAGAAAACUUCCUAUAGGUUAAAUUACAUUUAUGCCCUUUUGUCAAAGGUCGAUCAUGAUCUCUAUAAUUUUUUGGAUAGUGCUUCAGUAGGUACGAUGUUCGCGCUUCCUUGGUACCUGACGUGGUUCGGCCACUCCCUCAACCAAUACAAAGACGUGGUGCGGUUGUACGACUUCUUCCUGGCCUCGCCCCAGGACAUGUCGCUCUACGUCUCCGCAUCUCUUGUCAUUCACAGAAGGCAAGAAGUGUUCGCAGAAGGCUGUGAUAUGGCGAGCAUUCACUGCCUGCUGUCCCAGAUACCCGAUAAUCUAAACUUCGAAGCCAUUCUGGAGAAGGCUUCAGAGUACUACAGGAAGUUCCCUCCGGAGAAACUGGAACAGCUGGUGAAGAGACGGGUGGAAAAAGAGUUGGAACAACGAAAGCGAGAUGAGCAGCUGAUGAAGAAUAGACUGAACAGGAACAAAAGCAUCUGGCACAGGAUAAACGGGAAUCUGCCCGCUUGGUGUAUAUUUAAAGGGAAAUACGGAUUGCUAUUUGCCGCUGCCACAGUUCUGCUCGGCUAUAUCUAUUACUUGAGGUUCAGUGAAGGACGCCAUCCAUUCAAAAGCAUCUUCAAUACAUGACAUUUGCUGGUCCCUGGUACUAUUAGGUCUAUUACCCAUCAAAGAUUUUAUACCAUUUUUUAAUUUAUUUUUAUAAUGUGUACAUUACUACAUACUAUUACCUUAAGAAAAAAGAAGAGUAAAUAUUCGUUUAUUAUGAAGACUUAUUAAAUAUAAAGAAGUAAAAAAUGCUUAAUUGUCUGUAGAAGAGACAACAGUGUACUCGAUAACAUAAAUACCGGGUCAAGCUAAAAAGUUCUCUAAAAAAUAGCGUUUUUAUGUAACAAAAUGCGCAAUCUAUCAAUAGUCUCACUUCAUCAGUUCAAAUUACACAUCAUCUGAAGUUAAAUUAUAUUAAGGCCUUUAGAAUAUUCAUUUAUUGCUUUUAAUACGUCUUUAUUUGAUCCAAAACGUUGUCCAAUUGCAACUUUGGCAAUAUUUGGUCAUAAGUGAAAGUCAGGUGGAGGCACAUACUUAAAAAUUCCUCUAAUCACACUUCAAAUCGGUUAAUGUCAUGAUCAGAAACGAUUAUGAAGUCUCUUCAAUUAUUUAUUCGACUCUUUGGUAUGUACCAAUUUUAUCUCAUAUUUUCUUUAAAAUUCAGUAAAGCUUAAUGUCUAUAUACAAAUAUACAUACUAUCAGUCUGAAUACAAUUCUUGGGUAUCCGGGUUAUUAUCUCUUCAUCAGAGUCACAAUUUACGUUUAACCAGCUGCCAAGGUAUUUAAAAUUGUUUCUAUCUCUUCUCCAUUAAGAGAAAGCAGACCUCGAUCUAUAUUAAUCUUUCUCCACAAUAACUUACUCCACGCAGUAGAUUUACUAAUGUCUGCAGAUCUUGUAAAUUUUCAGCAAGAACGGCUGUAUCGUCAGUGUAUUUGAUAUUGUUGAUUACUUCUCCUGCCUACUUCUCUUGUCUGUCAUCCAAAGCCUCCCUAAAUAUUUCUCUAGAGUAUAGAAUAAAAAGACUGGGUGACAAAACACAACCCUGUCACACUCCACGUUUUGGUGGGUAGUUUUUCAGCACGAAAGUAUUUUAGUAUCUCCAACUUGGAUAGAGACUCUUCUGAUCUGCCAUUAGCGUUAGUCAUUGAUUAUCGUGUAGAUUUUUUCGAUAUUUUCCUCAGCAGUAGAUCUUUAUGGUCGUUCUUUAUCACAGUCAUCUUCAAUUGAUACAUAACUAGGUUCAGAUUCACUGGACAUUUUUUUACUGUUUAUAACGAAUGUAGAAAUUUUUAUAGACUUUCAAAAACUUCAAAUGAAGUUAUUUUGGUGGUGAGCAUUCCAAAACGUCGAGGUCUUAAAAUCAAAUCAAAUCAAUACUUCACAAUCAGUAAUUUUAUUAACAGCAACGCCAUCUAUGACAUAGCUCGAGAACUUUUCACCUUGCCAUUGUAAUUGAUUUUAUAAAUGUUUAUUUCUGUAUAAUAUAUCGUCUCUGGAAUAAGUCAUAGUAGUACUUUUAGUAAUAUAGAGAAAUAAUUGUUAUAGUUAUCCUUUUGUUAUAUCUUUUGAAUAAAUUUGCCAAAUAAUGUAAUUAUUUACUGCUCGAUUGGCUACAUGAAAUCUUUUGUAUAUAAAGACUAAUACCUCAAAUAAAAUAUAUUUUACAGUAAUGUAAAGUACAGUAAACUAAAGGAAAUUAUUAGAAAACUGGUAGGAAGAUUUUUUAGUAGUAAUGGAUGAGUACAGAGCUCUAUAGAGCUCAAAUUUGAAAGUUUAUUAUUCAGUAGUAAUAUGAUAGAAACGUCUUGGUACUUUCAUCAACCUUACCAAAUGUGGUAUUCUUUAAUAAUCACCUUGGAAAUAGUGGAAUCAUUUUACGUUUGGACAUACAUUAAAUGUGACGUCACGUAAAAUGUGGUUUUUAUGUGACAUAUUGACGUGAAGUGUGACAUUUGACAUUGUACGUUAAAUGUCACAUUUCACGUCUAAAUAUUGCAUAAUUAAUACCUUAGAAUAUAAAAUAAUUAUUUUAUAUUCUAAGAUUAAUACAUUUUCAGUGACGUCACAUUCAUUUGUAUCAUGGAAACAUUCAACUUUUCAGCUUAUUUCUAUGAUAAAACACAAAAAAAAGGUUUACUCGGCUGAGCUAGCGCUAGAAUGCAUGAGCAUCUUCCGUAGUGCUCUAGUGGCUCCUAACGACUAUUGUUUUUUAGCUCCGUCACUAAAAAUUGAAGAUGAUAAAAUACUGGAAACGUAAAUGUAACUACACACUGCAAAAGUUCUGAAUUAUAUGUAAAUAAUUAUUGGUUUGUGUCAUGUUCAUAGCAAGAUUCGUGAAAUUUAUGCUAUUUAUGAGCAAUACUAUUCUUUUCCAAGAGAUUUAAGGAUCUUAUUGUGGAGUGGAUUAGUUAAUGUAUCUAUCUCAAAGACAAUCGGAUAAAUAUGAUAGCUUGCAGAAUUUUAGGGGGCCUCUGGAUGCUCGAUUUGAAGAAUGUAAAGGAAAUUAUUUCAAAAACAUUUCAUUAUUUGUCGCAUUUUUUUUCAUUUCCUCGUUCAAAUACGAAUACAUAACUCUAUUAUAAUACAUCUCAGUUCAAUAUCAUCAAAGUAAAAACAAAGGUUUAGUAUUUGAAACAGUUGCAAACAACUCGAAUCAAGCCUACUGCCUAUUAGUCACUGUUUCUGACGCAGCAAUGCGAACAAUAUUUAUCAAAAAGCAAUCUUUUAUCGACACCGCAAAUUUAGAUUUUAUCAUUCUAUUGAAAAUGGUAAGUAGGUCUAUUUAAACCAACAUAAUUUUUAAACGUAUUGUCGCAUUGAGGUCAAAUUGUGUCAGCUGACGUUUGAAGCAUAUUUCUUUCUAAAAAUCGUAUGCAUUUAUUUUAAGUAACGUCAUCUAUAUGUCAGUUCCGGAAUUUAUAGUGAUUAUUUUAUUUCUUUAUAUGCUGUUAACUUGUCGUGCAAUUAUUGUAUCGAUUUAUUGUUGUAUUUAUGUUUAAAAUGGCAAUCGAUACACUUGUCUCACAUAUAAUACUCUGACUGUGUAAAAUACUUGUAUUAAAUCAGCAUUUAGGUGUUGUAAAAAAAGAAAUAAAUACAUAUAUAAAUGUGGUUAAGUGCAAUUUAUAAACGUUAAUAAAAUAAAGUUGUUGAA